CAUAUAUAAUUAUAAGAUUAUUUUAUUCCAGCCUCCGUUCUGCUGCUCUCUGGCCCUCAAAUCUCUCCGUCGUCCUCCACCCCCCCUCUCUCUAUCUGGCUCUCUCUCUGGACCUUAACUAGAGCUUCUAUUCAUCGAUACUGCAGCUCCUUCCUUCGCUGUUUUCAGGUGAUUGAAGGGUUGCGGGGGGAGUUGUGGAGUGGGGAAUGGCUGGGACCGUUAGUGAGGAAUCUGGAGAUGGAAGGUCUUUGGAGGGGGUUUCGAGUGGGCAGCAGCUUUGCCAAUCCAUGGAGGCAUUGGCAGAAUGGCGGUCAUCCGAGCAGGUGGAAAAUGGGAUCGCAUCGACCUCUCCCCCUUAUUGGGACACUGACGAUGAUGAUUGUGGUCCUAAACCUUCUGAGUUGUAUGGAAAAUAUACAUGGAAGAUAGAUAAAUUUUCACAGAUCAACAAGAGAGAACUUCGCAGUAAUGCAUUUGAGGUUGGCGGCUAUAAAUGGUAUAUUUUGAUUUACCCUCAAGGUUGUGAUGUCUGCAAUCAUCUCUCCUUGUUUCUCUGUGUGGCUAAUCAUGACAAGCUUCUUCCAGGAUGGAGUCAUUUUGCACAGUUUACUAUAGCCGUGGUGAAUAAAGAUCCUAAGAAGUCCAAAUAUUCUGACACAUUACAUCGAUUCUGGAAGAAAGAGCAUGAUUGGGGAUGGAAAAAAUUUAUGGAGCUAUCUAAAGUAUUAGAUGGGUUUAUUGAUGGUGAUACGCUCAUCAUUAAAGCUCAAGUCCAAGUUAUCAGGGAGAGAGCAGAUCGUCCCUUUCGUUGCCUUGAUUGCCAGUAUAGGAGGGAACUUGUUCGGGUAUAUUUAACAAAUGUAGAGCAAAUUUGUCGCCGUUUUGUGGAAGAGAGAAGAAGCAAGCUUGGGAAAUUAAUAGAAGAUAAAGCUAGAUGGUCAAGCUUUUGCGCCUUCUGGAUGGGCAUUGACCAAACUGUUAAGCGCCGUAUGUCUAGGGAGAAAACAGAUGCAAUUUUGAGAAUUAUUGUGAAGCAUUUCUUUAUUGAAAAGGAAGUCACAUCUACCUUGGUCAUGGAUUCCUUAUACAGUGGUCUGAAGGCUCUAGAAGGCCAGACAAAGAGCAAGAUAGGUAGGGGACAAUUACUGGAUGCAGAAGAGUUGCCAGUUCCUAUUAUAUGCAUAGAGAGGGAUAUGUUUGUUUUGGUGGAUGAUGUAUUACUACUACUUGAGAGGGCUGCUGUGGAACCCUUGCCUCCUAAGGAUGAUAAGGGUCCUCAGAAUCGUAUGAAGGAUGGGUGUGCUGGGGAGGAGUUCAACAAGGAUUCCAUUGAGCGUGAUGAAAGGCGUCUUACCGAGUUAGGUCGUAGGACAAUUGAAAUAUUUGUCCUAGCCCAUGUAUACAGUAAAAUUGAAGUUGCAUACCAGGAAGCUGUUGCUUUGAAAAGGCAAGAGGAGCUCAUCCGUGAAGAGGCAGCCUGGCUAGCUGAAACAGAGCACAAGGCAAAGCGUGGGACAGCCGAUAAGGACAAGAAAUCAAAGAAAAAGCAGGCAAAACAAAAACGAAAUAAUCGCAAGGGGAAGGAUAAAGGAAGGGAUGAGAAGCCCAGUGCUGCACUCCAAGACAAGCUCCAACAAGUAAGGCCAGCUGAUGAAAGAAAAGAUUUCAUGAUUGAGAAGGCAGAACCUGAGCUUGAAAAGCAUGAUAUACCGGAAGACGUUUCUGAUGUGUCUGAUUCAGUAGAGUGUCAACCUUCAGUUCUUCAGCCUGAUUCAGAAGACAGAGAUCCUAGUCCUGUCAACUGGGAUACUGACACAUCAGAAGCUCAACCUUCCACAGAGGCCUGUAGCAGUGGAGUAAGUGGACUUUCAGCUGUACAGAAUGGGAUGAGGGAAAGAAAUAGCCCUUCUGUAGUGGAUGACAGUUCAUCAACAUGUUCCACUGACUCCGUUCCAUCAAUGAAAACGAGUGGGCCAUAUAAAGGGAAUUCACUUCCAAACCAGAAAAACCAAAAAUCACCUAGAAGAGGAACGAAUCAAGGAGGCAGGUCAACUAGUGAUGCAACUGGUUGGGCCAAUGAAGUUCGCUGUCAGCUAUCAGAGGCCAUGAGCGAUUUGGAAGAACCAAAUGAUGCAUCUGGAAGUUGCAAGGUUGAAUCUGAGUCUGAGGCUGUUGUAAUAAAGGAGCUUGAGCAGCAUGUGAUGAAGAAACUGGAAGAAGUUGACUCUCUACAAAGAGAGAAGAUAAUCAAAGAUCAAGCUGACACAGAAAAACCUAAGAAAGAGAAGAUGACAGAAGCGCCAUCUUCUCCUAGCAGCACUCGCAAAACUCUGACAUCUGCUGUUCGAAUUGUCUCAGAAUCAAAAUCUGUUGCCACUGAUCCUGUUCUGGUUAGGAAACCAUCUUCAGAUAGUUUCCAGCCAACAGAGAGACCAGCCCUGAUGACAAGUUCUGCUGCUAAUAUUAAAGCCGCAUUGAGUUCUGAUACACAUAAAGCAGCAGCGCCGAAACCAAAUGACAAGCCCUUGGUGCAACAAGUGCCUGUCACAUCGAGGCCAUUGAGUGCUCCAAUUACUCCUGGGCCUAGACCAACUGCUCCUAUUGUUUCAAUGGUUCAGACAGCACAACUUUUACCGCGCUCAGUGAGUGCAGCUGGGCGGUUGGGUCCAGACACUUCGUCUACGACCCACAGUUAUGUACCUCAGUCGUAUCGGAAUGCUAUAAUGGGUCCUCCUGCUACUCAACCUCACACUCCAAGUUCUUUCGGUAACCCAUUGCAUUUGUAUUCACAGACAUCCAACUUGAUAUCUCCACCAAUUCUUCUACCAACGAGCUCUGAAAGGGUGGAACUAAACAUGGUAAAACCAGGCCUUCCAUUUGGAAGGGUAAAUCAUGAAGUGCUGCAGAAUGGGCCUCAAUGGACGGAACCUUCUCAAAGAGACAACAGCAGCAGAAGCAUGCACUAUGAGCCUUCUUCCUUGCAUGAUGGCACUCAUAAUAACCUUGACUUCUACCAGCCUGUACACAGUCGCUCCCAGGACCGAUUCCCUUCUGAGCUUCCAGCCAGUACAUCAGGGCGCCAAUCCCAUGGUGCUGCGCUAGCAGAUGAUUUCCCUCAUCUCGACAUAAUCAACGAUCUGCUUGACGAUGAGCAGGGAAUAGUAAGGGCGGCAGUUCGGGCAAGCGCAAGCUUCCAAGGUUUCAGCAAUGAGCCGCGGCCUCACCAUCUGAACCGGCAAUUCUCUUUCCCUGGGGAGAUUGGCAUGUCGAAUAAUGACAUGAGCCCCUCAACCAGCUCAGGCAGGUUCGAGCGAACGCGAAGCUACCGUGAUGACGGGUUCCAGCAGCAUGGCUAUGGCUCGUUGCAAGGGCACUUUGACUUCGAGUCGCUACGCCAAGCACAAGCAGCAGCGGCGGUGGCGGCAGCACAUCCUAUUCCUUACGUGAAUGGGCAGCAGAUUGAUGGGUUGAUAGCUAACCACCGCCAUUGGCAGAUAAGUGGUUCUGAGAUGCCCUCUCAAUCUCAUCUUGGCACAAGGAACAUGGAUGGGGAUGGGAUUGGAGGCGGCUACCCCUACCACCACAAUAUUCCAGACUACUCAAAUCCAGCAUCCAGUAGUAGUCUUGGUGGGGGUUACGGUGUGCUCCCGCCGUCGAAUGGGCACUGAGAUGGAGAUUGCCUGGCUUUAAAUUUAAUAAUAUGAGAUAUAUUUUGAGGAAAGUGUUGCCCCUUCAGAUUUCUUGAGUAGAGUUGGGUUAAAAGGGAAGGAACAUCAUCAUUUUGUAAAGAAUGAUUCUUGCUCUUGCUGCUGUCAUUUGUUUCCAGUCUUCUUCUUAUAUUAUUAUUAGCUGUGACAAUUAAA